AUGUGGUCAAAGAAUCAGCCACACCUCCACAGCCUCCUGCUUAUCGUCGUUCCAUUCCUCCUUGUUUCCACAGCCUCUGCCGCGAAUCCUGGAUCUGACAUCCUCGACAAGGCCCGCAACAUCACCGACGGUGAGACCCUUGUCUCAGCUGGUGGGUCAUUCACCCUGGGUUUCUUCCCUCCUGGGAUGCUAGGCAAGAGAUACCUUGGGAUUUGGUUCUCCAUGGAUGAGGACGCCAUCUGUUGGGUAGCCAACAGAGACCGUCCUCUCACUGAUGCUCGCGGGGCGCUGAUGAUCAGUGACAGGGGAAACCUUCUCUUGAUUGAUAGCUCCGGCCAGGUCGUGUGGUCUUCAAACACGACAGGCACUGCCUCAACGACUGUGCAGCUGCUCGAGUCCGGCAACCUAGUCUCGAGAGAUGGGAACGCCAGCGGUGCCAUCACGUGGCAGUCGUUUGACCACCCGUCGAACACAUUGCUGCCCGGCAUGAAGAUUGGCAAGAACCUAUGGACCGGGGAAGAGUGGUACCUCACGUCAUGGCAUUCGGCUGACGACCCUGCCACAGGGAAUUUUCGCUACAUCACUGACACGGAGGGCGUACCACAAAAUGUGAUGUUGGAUGGUGGCAAAAGGAUUUACCGCACGGGACCGUGGAACGGCCUACGGUUCAGUGGUGUCACGGAGAUGGGCACGUAUUCUGACAUGUUCAUCUACCGAUUGACGAGCAGCCCAAGCGAGAUAACCUAUGGCUAUGUCGCCAAGGCUGGAACGCCCUUCUCACGUCUAGUUCUGACCGACGACGGAUUAUUCCGACGCCUGGUAUGGGACGGGAGCAGUCGGGCGUGGAAGAUCUUCUUCCAAGGGCCGAGGGACAUCUGCGACCAGUACGGCAGGUGUGGGGCAUUUGGACUGUGCAACGCCAGUGCACCGUCGACGUCGUUCUGCAGCUGCGUCAGGGGGUUCAGCCCAGCAUCUCCCAUGCAGUGGAAGAUGAGGGACACCUCCAACGGUUGCCGCCGAAAUAUGACAUUGGACUGUGGUAAUGGAAUAUCCACCACGGAUGGUUUUGUUGUGAUGCAGGGAGUGAAGCUUCCUGACACGCACAACGCAUCAGUGGAUGCUAGCAUCACGUUGGAGGAGUGCAGGACGAGGUGCCUGGCCAACUGUUCUUGUCUGGCGUAUGCUCCAUUGGAUCUCAAAGGAGGAGGCACUGGAACAGGCUGCAUCAUCUGGAGAGAGGACCUCAUGGACCUCCGGCAUGUAGAUGGGGGGCAAAGCCUGUUUCUGAGAUCAGCCAAGUCAGAAUUAGGUGAAGUGCAGCCACCCAAGUCGUUUCCUACUGGGAUUGUUAUUGGUGUAACAGUGCCCCUGGUCACUAUAAUUCUGGCUCUCGUUGCUUUCUGGUUUUCCCCCUGGAGGAGACGAUGGAACAGAGAAAGAAUAUCAGUAGACAAUCCUCCAAGGGUUGUAGACAAUGCUCCAAGGGUUGAAGAAAAUGUUGCUCCUCCGAAUCUUGCGUUACUCACGACGUCCUUUCCUGCAGUCAGUCUUCAUGCUGUAGUACAGGCUACAGGAAAUUUCUCCGAAGCAAAUAUCAUUGGCAAAGGCGGAUUUAGUGUCAUCUACAAGGGGGAGCUAGAUUGUUAUGGAACAGUUGCUGUAAAGAGGCUCAAACAAGAUAGUCUUAGCGAGAAAAUCAAGGGGGAUUAUGCAAGGGAAAUAGUACUGAUGUCAAGGUUCACGCAUGCCAAUCUUGUUAAGCUUCUCUGUUAUUGCCAAGAAAAUGCUGAGUGCAUACUUGUCUACGAGUUCAUGAGGAACAGGAGUUUGAAUCUCUACAUAUUUGGAGAAGAUAGCAGCCUCCGCUCCUUGCUGAAUUGGGCGCAAAGAGUAAAAAUAAUUCGUGGGAUCGCGGUGGGUCUGGAAUGGCUUCACGGCGAGGGAGUCAUUCACAGGGAUCUAAAACCUGGCAAUAUACUUCUGAAUGACACAUUGGAACCUAAGAUAGCAGACUUUGGCACUGCUAAGACGUUAAUUGAGGACCCGACAAAUCAGACGUUGGUGCAGACAGCGGGAUAUGUGGCUCCAGAAUAUGCAGGGGAAGGGACCCUGACAGACAAGUGUGAUGUAUACAGCUUCGGAGUUGUCUUGCUGGAGAUAGUCAGAGGCAAAAGAAAAAAAGAUGAGCCGGUGUUCCUUCCUCAAGUCUGGGAAUCGUGGAAGCAAUGCGAGAUCGGGGAGCUUCUUGAUCCGCAAGUGGGUGAACCUGAAGAGGCCUUUUCAGUGCUGGCCAGGUGCAUCCAUAUUGGCCUUCUCUGCGUGCAGCAUUUGCCUGAACAGAGGCCUGCCAUGCCUGAAGUUGUGGCAAUGCUAACAAACACCGGCACACAGCUCCGCAUGCCAGGCAACCCCACGGCCAAUAGCGGAGCUAGCCCUCGCGCACAGCCGAUGUCAAAUGACACCCCCGGUCCGAGCCGGACCUUGUGA